AUUGAUAAUUUCUUUGACCUAUACUCUUCAUUCUUCGACUUAUACGCUUCUGUCUUCUAAUCAAUUGUUUAAAUUCUGAAGCAGAAUAUUUUGUCUCAGUCUCGAACGAGAAAAAAAAACACAAAAAAUCACCUUGAGAGAUGUCAUCCGAUUCGUCUAGUCUUGAAGACUACCAUGGUGAAAUUAGAGAUGAGGAAGACAAACAAUUAGAGUUGGUAAGAACCAUUACAAAUGCUAAUCGUGAGGACAUUCUUGAACGUUUACUGAAUCUCUCUAGGGAAUUAUCUCAUAGAACAGCAAAGGAUGGCGAAUUUAAGGUGGACCCUACCGAUUUUGAUUUACAAAAGAUUUUGAGUUCAUUUGUAAGACUUGCCUCUAAUCAAGGUAUUAGAUUGCGUAAGUCUGGGGUUACCUUUGAAGAUGUAGAAGUUCAAGGUGUCGAUCAAACUUUUGCUAUAGCUCCUACUGUGGGUGACAUGUUAAAGGGACCAGUUGGCGCAAUCCAAAAGGCACGUGCACAAGCCCGGAUUCCAGAUCGUUAUAUUCUCAAAAAUAUUAAUGGACUUGCUAAACAAGGUGAGAUGGUAUUAGUUUUGGGAAGACCUGGUGCUGGAUGUCUGAGUUUAUUGAAGAAAUUGAGUGGUACCGACUUAGAUUUAUUCACUGCUACCAAUGGUGAUAUUAGGUAUGAUGGAAUUCCACAGUCGGAAAUGCUUGCAAAAUUUAAGUCGGAACUCAUUUAUAACCCGGAAUUGGAUGUGCAUAUGCCUCAUUUAACUGUGGAACAGACUUUAAAGUUUGCCAUUGCAUGUAAGACUCCCACUUCACGUAUCAAUGGUGCCAGUCGUGACCAAUUCAUUGACGCCAUGAAGGAAAUCUUGGCCACUGUAUUUGGGUUGCGUCACACUUAUGGUACUAAGGUCGGAAAUGAUUAUGUGCGUGGUGUUUCCGGUGGUGAAAGAAAGAGAGUUUCUAUUGCGGAAGCAUUGGCCUGUAGAGGUUCUUUCUACUGUUGGGAUAAUGCAACCAGAGGAUUGGAUGCUUCUACUGCAUUAGAAUAUGCAAGAGCCAUUCGUACAUCUACAAAUUUGUUGAAAACAACUGCAUUUGUUACUAUUUACCAGGCUGGUGAAAAUAUUUAUGAAACUUUUGAUAAGGUUACUAUUUUGUACUUGGGUCAUCAAAUUUAUUUCGGGCCAGUAGAAAAGGCUAAACAAUACUUUGAAACCAUGGGUUGGGCAUGUCCACCUAGACAAUCUACCGCUGAAUUCCUUACUGCUGUCACUGAUCCAAUUGGUAGAUUCCCACGUCCAGGUUAUGAAAAUAGGGUUCCUCGUACUGCUGAAGAGUUUGAAGCUUAUUGGUUGAACUCCGAAGAAUACAAAGCUCUCAGACAAGAAAUCAAUGAAUAUAAUGCAUCGGUUAAUGAAGACGAAACCCAUAAGUCUUACUACGAAUCUCUUAAACAAGAGAAGAUGAAAUACCUGAGAAACACUUCAAGAUAUACCGUUAAUUACACUGAACAAUUAAAAUUGUGUACUAGAAGACGUUUCCAAGAUAUUUGGGGAGACAAGGCAUACACUAUCACUCAAAUCGUUGCUGCUUUAUCUCAGGGUCUUAUUGUUGGAUCGUUGUAUUACAACACCCCGGAUUCCGUUUCGGGAUCUUUUUCUCGUGGUGGUGUAUGUUUCUUUGCAGCUCUUUAUGUUUCAUUGGUUAGUUUAGCUGAAGUCUCUUCAACUUUCAAUACCCGUCUGAUUUUGAUGAAACAGAAGAAUUACUCCAUGUACCAUACUUCAACUGAUGCUUUGGCCCUUACCAUUUCAUCCAUUCCAAUUGCCUUUAUUGUUACAGUUGUAUUUGUUAUUGUGCUUUACUUUUUGUCUAAUUUAGCAAGAGAUGCUGGUAAGUUCUUUACCUUUUUCUUGUUUGUGUUCCUCUUAAAUUUGACGAUUUCAUCUUUAUUUAAGGCUAUUGCUGCAUUAAAUAAGACCAUUGCUGCUGCUAAUGCCAUUGCUGGUGUGUUUAUGCUUGCUCUUUUGCUGUACUCGUCCUUUAUGAUUCAACGUCCAUCCAUGCGCCCUUGGUUCAAAUGGAUCUCUUAUAUCAACCCCCUCGUUUAUGGAUUUGAAGCAAUGAUUGCGUCUGAGUUCCAUGGCCGUAAAAUGGAGUGUGAUGGACAAUACCUUACUCCAAACGGCCCUGGAUAUCAAAAUUUGAGUCCUGGUGAACAAGUUUGUUCAUUUGCAGGGUCAGUUCCAGGUCAGAGUUGGGUCUCUGGUGAUGCCUAUCUUGAAGCUUCGUUUACCUACAAGUUUUCUCAUGUUUGGAGAAACUUGGGUAUUCUUAUUGGAUUUUAUGUCUUUUUCGUCAUCAUCAAUGCAAUUGCAGUUGAAUUCGUUAGACCUGUCAUCGGAGGCGGUGAUCGUUUGAUUUUCCUUAGAGGUAAAGUUCCUGAUACUAUUGUUUUGCCUGAAGAAAAACCUUCCUCGUCCUCUUCCACCUCCUCUGCCACUGCCACUCCUAAUUCUUUGGAAAAGGAAGAAAAUGUAGCUGCAGUUUUCGAAGAUUUAAAAUCUAAAGAUGUAUUUGUUUGGAGGGAUGUUAACUAUGUCAUUCCAUAUGACGGCGCUGAAAGAAAAUUGUUGGAUGCAGUGUCCGGUUAUUGUGUCCCUGGAACAUUGACAGCUCUUAUGGGUGAAUCUGGUGCUGGUAAGACAACCUUGUUGAACACUUUGGCUCAAAGAAUUGAUAUGGGUGUUGUCACUGGUGAUAUGUUGGUUAAUGGGGCACCAUUGGAUGCUAGUUUCAGUAGAAGAACUGGUUAUGUUCAACAACAAGAUAUUCAUGUCAGUGAAGUCACUGUGAGAGAAUCACUUAUCUUUUCUGCCAGACUUCGUAGACCAAAUACCGUAUCGGAUGAAGAAAAGAUUGAAUAUGUCGAGAAAAUCAUUGAUGUUUUAAAUAUGGGAGAAUAUGCGGAUGCUCUUGUUGGUGAAUCUGGUUCUGGUCUUAAUGUUGAACAACGUAAGAAAUUGAGUAUUGGUGUUGAAUUGGUUGCUAAGCCAUCGCUUUUAUUAUUUUUGGAUGAACCAACUUCUGGAUUAGAUUCUCAAUCUGCUUGGGCUAUUGUGAAGUUAUUAAGAGACUUGUCUAGUGCUGGACAAUCUAUUUUGUGUACUAUCCAUCAACCUUCUGCUACAUUAUUCGAAGAAUUUGACCGUUUAUUAUUAUUAAAGAAAGGUGGUCAAACUGUUUACUUUGGUGAUAUUGGUGAUCAUUCUAAAACCAUCUUGAAUUAUUUUGAACGUAAUGGAGCCAGAAAGUGUCAUGAUGAUGAAAACCCUGCUGAAUAUAUUCUUGAGGCUAUUGGUGCUGGUGCAACUGCUUCAGUUGUUGAAGAUUGGCACCAAAUUUGGUUGAGAUCCCCUGAAAUGCAAGAUGCUCUUGUCGAAGGUGAUAGACUUAUUGAAGAAUACUCUCAAAGGGCAGUCUCUUCAGAAUCUCAAGAAAAGAUCUCCACAUAUGCUACACCAUGGUCGUAUCAAUUUUUCAUUGUUCUUCGUAGAAAUGCCUUGACAUUCUAUAGAAAGCCGGAAUAUAUUGGUGCCAAGUAUGGUCUCAUGACCAUUGCCGGGCUCUUUAUUGGAUUCACCUUCUUUGGAUUAAAACACAACAUCAUUGGUAUGCAAAAUGGUAUGUUUACCGCAUUCUUGGCAGUUGUUCUUGCUGCUCCUUUAAUCAAUCAACUUCAAGAACAUGCCAUUUCUGGUCGUGACUUGUAUGAAACUAGAGAGAAGAUGUCCAAUACCUACCAUUGGUCUUUGAUGAUCUUAUCUCAAUUCCUCAAUGAAUUACCGUACUGUUUUGUCGGUGCUGCUAUCAUGUUUGUAUCAUUGUAUUUCCCAACUCAAGCAAAUACUUCUGGACCUCAUGCUGGUGUCUUUUACUUAACCUUUGGAAUCUUCUUCCAAAUGUACUAUGUUUCAUUUGGUUUAAUGGUACUUUACAUGGCUCCGGAUGUUCAAUCUGCUGCUAUUUUGGUUUCCUUCUUCUAUUCAUUCAUUGUUGCCUUUAGUGGUGUUGUGCAACCAGUAAGUUUGAUGCCUGGUUUCUGGACUUUUAUGAAUAAAUUGAGUCCUUACACUUACUUUAUUGAAAACUUGGUAACAUCCUUUUUGUACGGCAGAAAGGUUGUAUGUUCUGCCAAAGAAUUGGCUUACUUCAAUCCACCAAGUGGGAAAACGUGUCAAGAAUUUGCUGGUGCAUUUGUAAAGCAAACUGGUGGUUACUUGACCGACCCUUCAGCUACUGAAAAUUGUGGUUAUUGUACCUACUCCAACGCUGAUACUUAUUUGAAAGUCUUGGGAUUGAGUCAUUCACAUAUCUGGAGAAACAUUGGAUUCUUCUGUGUUUACAUUGUGUUUGACAUAUUUGCCAUGUUAUUCUUGUAUUGGCUCUUUAGAGCCAGAAAGGGUUCUUUAAUCCCUGGAUUUCUCUUGAAAAAGAAAAAAUAAUAUUACAUUACUUUUAUAACAGAUGUUUGAUAAUCUCUUUAAUAAAUAAUACAUACAUAUUUAAAUACCUCAUUACAUAAUUAUAAUACUACAAAUAAAGUUAUUAUAAAAACCCCUUUUGUAUAUUUCCAAAAU